AUGUUUGGCGAACAGAUAUCAAGAUCGCCUAGGUUAGCUUCGUCUUGGUCAGGUCGACUCUCCACUUUUGCGUCCACCAGCGCAUCUACUACGGCGCCUACCACUCCUCCCUCUAGUGAUACGCUGAUGGACGAAUCUGACAACGACAAGCAUCUCCACGCGGCUGACCAUCAGCUACCAGACCUCCACUUGCUCAACAUGUCGUGUGACGAUGCACUCUCCGACAUCAGCGAUGAGGCAGACGGCUUUUUCUCGCUAGACAUGGACGUCAGCAUCGAUCAGCAGCUCCAAGAUCAUGAGUCAAUACCAUCAACUCAUCAACCUCGCUCGGCGAAGGGAUCGCCGAGCGAACGCUUCCAUCCUUCUCCGCAGCGCAACAGUCGUCACUCUACAGGCUCGCCACGACUCCAUCCUGCUUUCAGCCGAGUUUCCGAGACAGUCUCCUACUCCUCAUCGCCAUUGCAGAAUGUAGGGCUCCAUCCGACCAUGGCUUCUAGAUCGCGCAAAUCACCACUACUUGACGGUCUCAGCAACAUUGACGGCAACACAACCGCCAACACCACAAUUGGCGAUACUCACAACGGCGCCUCGCCACCUUCCGCCUUUGGCCCUAUCCCACCCGAAGUCGAUCAGAAGGGCAAUCUUGAAUACAAGCUCAAGAUCUUACCUCCCAGCAGAGAGCGUUUUGACCGACUUGUCACCCAGCUCAAGUGGAGGUUGCUUGAAGGCGCAGGUUUGGCAGUCUACGAGAUUGGUGUUCUCGAUGACGGAACUUUGAUAGGUCUGGACCCUGACUCGAUCAAGGAUUCCCUCAAGCUGCUGUCUUUGAUGGCGGUGGAGGUGGGUGCCAACUGUCACGUUCAGCGCGUGCUCGCUCUGGAGAAAGUAGCAGCCGGAGAGACGAAUGGUCGUCCAGCAACGCAACAAACUCAGUCUGCAUCACGCCUAGCAAUAAUAGGGUCCGAUUUCAGCCUCCGCGCCCUAGCUCCGACCGAAGCAGUUGAUACACUCAACCCAUACAUCCUCACCGCAGACAUCGAUCCAGAGACAAAAGCACACCUACUCGAGACAGGCUCGGCUGGCCUAUAUCGAUUCGACAUUGCAGAUCAGCAAACAUCAAUACCGCCACCACUCGUCAGUAUCGACACAGACACCCCUGAUGCCGCAUCCAUUGCAGUCGCAGCAGUCGAUCCCACCGAGUCAGCUCCUCUCUUCCAGGACGAGAUCGAGAUGGAAAUGUCAGCUCAGUCCAAACCUCGUCUACUCAAGUCCACUCUCGACGGUCUACCGGACAGCCACAGCAACUCGACCCCACUCCGGCCCAAGAAAGACACGCUCAACGGCAUGGAUCCAUCCGCCAUCGUCUGCCUGCCAUCCAAAGAAGAAAAACGGAUCGCCCGUGCAGCAGUUGCUGAAGCAGAGGCAGAACUCGAAGCUUAUCUACUCACUGAAGCUUCCCAAACGGCAGCGGUUACAGCUUUAUCGCAUACUGAAGCACAAGAGCAUGGAAUGAUGGCCAAAAUGACUCGUGUUGCGGAUUCUGUGCAGCCUAAAACCGCUCGUGCGCGUGCUAGAGCUCGCAAAUCCGCCGCUAGAGGAGACGAUAGAGACUCAAUUCGUCCUUUGCCCACUCCUUCGCCUGCGGUGAAAGCUGGCGGUGGUCCAAACACGCUUUUCUCGGCUGCAGGGGCCUAUACGGCCUAUGAAAAUGUCAUCUCUGCUUUUGGUGUGCUUUCUGAACGUGCUGCCCGUACAUUAUACCCUCAGAAAACAAAAGAGCCAGAGGUAGAUGGUCGAGCAGCGCUAAAGGCGAGAUUCAUUGUCGAAGCCGUGGUCAGGCGUGAUGCGCAUUUCGAGGAUAACUAUGUUGAUUUUCAACCAGCGACGAGCAGGUUCCCGUUGGAUGCAGGGAUGCGAAUGCAUUAG